CCUGAGCCCGGCGCUUUCUCCGCAUGUCGCCAGGAAGCAGAGUACGGAAGCGCAGACAGCGCAGCGCAACUCGGAUCAAGCAGAGUAGAAAAUGGAAAGAGUUCGGGAUGCGAAACCGCCUGGGGAUGGGGGCAGAAUGACAUAAUCAUGGCGCAGAGCCCAAACGCGGAGCGCAGACAGAAAACUAUAUAAGCAGAGAAGCAGAACCCACCCGCACCGUCGCCCGGGGGCGUCUCCUUCUCGCUAAACUAGAAUUUCGGACUUUUCCGCGGGAAGAAGACUGGACUGCAAGCAACUGCGGAGAGCUGCAGCAGAACUAGAGAGAGCGCUAUGGCGGGCCGAAUACGGUUUGUGGUCGACGAAGCUAUGGCGCAGUAUGAUCCGUCGCGAAUGAGUUCGUUGGCGGGCGCGGGAGGGGAUGGCGAUGAGGAUGAUUUGAACGUGGUACACAGAGCAAAGAGGGUCAGUCGAGCCUGUCAGAGCUGUAAGCAGAAAAAGAUCAGGUGUUCGGGCACUCAGCCGUGUACUGUGUGCGCAAGUCGUCAGAUAGAGUGCAUCUACAAAGAGCGCGAGCCACCCUCCGGCUCUCCUUCCUCCGAGCGCUCGUCGUCGCAGGGAACAAAGCGGAAACUAGACAGCCGGGCAAAGCAGUCCGACAGCGUCUCUUCACCCAGGCCCGACAACUCGGUCCUGAUCCGGCAGCCAUACUUUCGGUGGCUCGGACCGACUUCGGUGGCGCCGCCUGUGGACGGCAAGUUUCGUCUGAUUUCUGUGAAUUUGACUACGGGGUCUGCUGUUGCGGGGAGUAGCGGUGAUAGUGCGAUGAGUAGGACGGUGGAUGAUAAAGAGGGGGGUGAGCGACCGUUUGUGAUUGACCAGUAUGAAUUCACUCGUCCGCCGAAUUUGGAUGAAGGUAUGUUUUCGAGCUCGGUAGCGUCGGAGGACGCGUCGUCGACUGUGGAGUAUCAGACAAACUAUCAAACGCUGAGGACACUGUCGACGCAGACUGCUUCGUCGUCGGUGGAACUCGCGCGGCCGACGAAAGAGGCGCUCGAUGUGUUUUACUCAAGGUUAUCUUCUUUCCUCCCAUUUCUCAGGCGCGAGGAAAUGGACGACCGGAUAAGGAACGGCGUGGCGGGCGAGUGCAUGCUGUAUGCGAUUGCGGCGCUAGUCGAGCUGCUACAACCAGGCACGAUCGCGGCGACGGUCGACGGCGUAGCUGCCGGCGGCGAGGACUUGUCUGAGCUCUAUGCCGAGCGGGCUAAGGUUCUACUGAUUCCGCACCUGGCGAUUCCGAGCGUGGAGACGGUAUACGCGCUACUGCUGAUUGCGUACCACGAGUUUGCGCAGGACCGGGACAGCGGGCUAUGGAGCUGGAGCGGGCUUGCGAUCCGGAUGAGCUACGAUUUAGGUCUGCACAAGAGCGCGAGCGAGGCGGUGUUUGGCGCGGACAGGGAGCAGGUCGAGCAGCGGCGGAGGGUAUUUUGGGGCGUGUUUUGCUUGGAUCGGUUGAUUAGCUGCGGGACCGGGCGCGUGUGUACGAUAUUGCUGGAGCAGGUUGAGUAUGAGGUCGGGGAUGUCGUGACGGGUAAUGAGAUUCUGGGGCCGGAUGGGUCGAGGCUGAGUGAUCCGUUCCCGUUCCUGUGCAGGUUGAUGACGAUUCUGGGGAAAGUCAGCGACACCUUGAAUUCUUUGACGGCGAAACGCGGGGGUGGUAGUCAGACGAGUCAUACGAGUCAGACGAGAACAGGAACAGAGACGCAGAACGUGCUGGUCGGACUCCAGACCGAGGUCUCUGAGUUUUACGCGUCGCUGCCGCCAGAUCUCGUAUUCGACGUGCGAAAUUUCCAAGCAUUCGCACAGACCGCGCACGCGCAGUGCUUCUUACUCCUACACGUCUGGAACCACGCAAUCAUUCUGGCCGUGUACCACCCGGACCUAGUCUACCCGCGCGGCGCGCUAGACAUCAGCGGCUGGCUGACGGAUCCGAACGCGGACCUGGCGCGGACGUCGGCGAUUAGUAUUGCGGACAUGAUUGCGUUUGCAGAGUUGGUUGCGCCCGAGGCGCUGCUGUCGAAUCCGUUUGUGUCGCAGCCGAUGCUGAUGGCUGGGUGUGCGAGUUUGUCGUUGUGGCAUUCGUUGAUGGUGGAUGUGGAAGGGGACAGCGGGGAGAUAAAAGGGUCGUCAGCGAAUACGCUGCAGCACAGUUUCGCGACGUGCAAGGACGGAUUACGACGGUUGCAGAAGCGGUGGAAGGGCGUGAGCUGGCUGUGUUCGAUGCUGGACUCGCUCGAGAACAUGGAGCACGACGUCGAUCUGUCGCGGGUGAGCGGGAGUCGGGUGCGGAUGCGGGAUGAAGGGUUUGUCAAGCGCGCGUCGAUCGAUGAGGCGACGAGGAUGUGGCUUGCGGGCGAGCAGAGCGAGAGGGUGAAUAUGGGGGUCGCGAUUGCGGGGACGACGACCGAGAGUGGGGGGUUUGUGGGGUCGAGUGGGGUUGCGGCCACAGCUACAUCUACAGCUACAGCGAUGGCGACGGCGAUGACGGGCGUGUCGGUGACGUCGGGAAAUACGGGAGGCCUGUUGUUUCCGGGGAUGAACGAGCAACAGCAGCAGAGUACAAUGAUGGGUGAUAUGAAUGAGCUAUGGGGCGCAGAGGAUCCAUUGCGGAGUUUGUUGAUGGGAGAUAUGAGUCUCGAUGAGUUUCUGAGUAGAUGAAGCGGGUG